GCACUCCGGAGCUACCGCUUCCCGGUGCUUAUGGGGGCAAGCAGGCAAGGAGUCGCCUAUGGCUACAGCCCACCUGGUUGGAUCAUACCGACUUUAUCGAGUGCUCGGCAGAGAAUCCGGAAUAUGGCGAGCCACGCUGGCAUGAUCAGAUCCAGCUGAAUGUCACUUUUGCUCCACAGUUUCUCGGCAUGCAGACUGGGGAGAAACGAGAGAUCGUUGAAGGUAGGUUGAAUAAAAUUGAUCGCUGCCUAUUGUAG